AUGACUGAGCUGCGCAAUAUGGAGCAAGAGCUGCGUCGCUUUCAGCGGCGCGUGUGGGUAGCUGGAGGGUUUGUUCUUCUGGCUUUUGCUUGCUUGCUUGUGCGCUUAGUGGUGUUACAGAUUGUGCGGCAUGAUUUUUAUUUUGAGCAGGCAGAAAACAAUCGCACUUCGGUCGUGCCUAUCGUGCCGCACAGAGGGUGGAUCGUCGAUCGCAAUGGGGUGGUUUUGGCCAAUAAUUAUUCGGCCUACACGCUGGAGGUGACGCCAGCAAAAGCGAAUGGGCAAGAUUUAGAUGCUUUGAUCGCUGAGCUGUCAAAAAUAUUGCCCAUUGAGCCCCGCGACAUACGGCGCUUUAAAAAACUGCGGGCAGAGUCCAAUAGUUUUGAGUCUAUUCCUUUGCGUACCCGUUUGACGGAUGAGGAGGUAGCUCGCUUUAGCGCCAACCGCUACCGCUUUCCUGGGGUGGAGGUGCAAGCCCGUUUAUUUAGAAGGUAUCCUUUGGGGGAUGUAGCCAGUCAUGUGAUUGGCUAUAUUGGACGCAUUAACCAAAAAGAGAAAGAGGCGUUAGAAGAGGCCAGCGAAGAGACCCAAGAAAAUUAUCGUGGCACGGACUACAUUGGUAAAUUGGGCAUCGAGCAGCGCUACGAGAGUGAGCUGCAUGGCAUUACUGGCGUAGAGGAAAUGGAACGCUCCGCAGGGGGACACGCCACGCGCAGGCUGGGCACGGCCUCUUCCCAGCCGGGCAAGAACAUUGUUUUAUCUAUUGAUGUCAAACUACAAAAAUUGGUAGAAGAUAUGUUCGGUGACCGUCGCGGGGCCUUGGUGGCGAUUAAUCCAGAGAAUGGAGAAAUCUUGGCUUUUGUGAGUAAGCCCACGUUCGACCCGAAUAUUUUUGUCGAGGGUAUAGAUAGCGAGAGUUGGAAGGCGCUCAACGAGUCGAUUUACCGCCCCUUGCUCAACCGCGCCUUGCGUGGCACCUAUCCGCCAGGCUCAACCUAUAAGCCCUUUAUGGCGCUGGGAGCGCUGGAGUUGCAUAAGCGCUCGCCCGACACCAUCGUCUACGAUCCAGGAUAUUGGAUGUUU